ACUGCUUGUAAACUCAUAUCAGAAACUCAACUCCUGGACGGGUUUGUAAAUAUCUACAUCAGGUUUCAUAAUGGUGUUCAUUGUUUCUAAAAAUUUUUUAUGGACACUGUCGACUAUCAUCUCUUUAAUGUUGUGUGUAAAAUCCACCACUGAAUCAACAGCAGCAGUUAGUCCAGUCUCUGACUGUCAACUUUAUCAUGACAUGUACAUCUGCACUGGUGCUCAGUACCGCAUGUACUGCAACACAACAGCGCAUACAUUCAAUUACCGAAAAUCUCAAUACCAAGACCAAUACCAAUGCAUCAAUAAUAACUGUAACUGCACUGGUAACAAGGACACCUGUACAUGCUCUAGUAGUACUCUGUCCUCCUGCUUCUGUGAGUCUUAUGGCAAUAGCAUCGCUCUCACUACAGCAGUUAGUCCAGUCUAUGACUGUGGGUGUUAUAAUGACACCUACAUCUGCACUGGUGAUCAGUACCACAUGUACUGUGACACAACAGUGAGUAAUUUUGACUACUGGAGAGAUAGUUACCAAAACCAAUACCAAUACAGAUGCUCCCAACACCAAAAGAACUGUAGUUGCAUUGGCAAUAAGGACAACUGUACAUGCUAUGGUACUACACUGUCCUCCUGCUUCUGUGAGAGUUAUAGCAAUAGCAUCGAUAACACUACAGCAGUUAGUCCACAUGGAGUCUAUGAAUGUGCACGUUAUAAUGACACCUACAUCUGCACUGGUGCUCAGUACCGCAUGUACUGCAACACAAGUCUACAUGAUUUCUACUACAGCAGAUAUGAGCACCAAUGCUGGAAUAAUAACUGUGACUGCCGUGGUAAUAAGAACACCUGUACAUGCUACUACAGUACCUCCUCAUGUUUCUGCCAGGACAGUAUCUCUACCAAAUCUCUCAGUCCCACUAUUACAGGUCUGAAUAUCAUACUGCUGAAAGACUACAUGGAUGACCAACUGAUGGAAAUACUGAAUGUUGUGGCUGUGAUCGUGGGGCUGGUGUUCCUCACUUUGGCCCUGUUGACUUUUGCUUUUUGUCGGUGGAGUCCUGGAGUGAACAAUGUGGCUCGGAUCAACAUCUGCUUGAGUCUGCUGUUGGCUCAUCUUCUGUUCUUACUCACACAACAGUUCCUGAACUACAUACACCCUAACCAGGUGUUGUGUGCUGUGAUAUCAGGCUUUCUGCACUUCCUCAUUCUCUCCUCUUUUUUGUGGAUGCUCAUUGAAACUGUGCUGCUUUUCAUCUGUGUGAAGAACCUAUCACAGAUCAGCUCCAAACAGAGGGAGGUGCUUAGCAGCAGAUUCAUGAUUGUGAUUGGAUAUGUGAUUGCUCUGGUGGGGGUGUCAGUUGGGCUGGUUCCUGAAGGCCACGGCAGUGAAAAAUGUUGGAUUAAAAGGGAGGAAAUAUUUAUCUGGAGUUUUCUGGGACCUGUUUGCAUCAUUCUAGCACUAAACACGAUUAUCUUCAUCAUCAUCAUCAUCAGUCUGAACUCAACUCUCACAAAACUGAAAGCUGAAGUUUCACAGAUGAAACAAACAAAAAUCCUGGUAUUUAAAACAGUGGCCCAGUUUGUGGUACUUGCUUGCCCCUGGAUUCUGGGUUUCUUCACUAAUAGAAGUAAGAUGGUGGAGAUUCUCUUUCUGAUCUUGAACUCCCAACAAGGAACCUUCAUCUUCCUGAUCCACUGUGUCCUUAAUAAUGAGAUCAGGCAGCAGUAUGUGGAGUGGUUGAGCGCUAUUGUCUCUGGACUCAAACCCAGAACCAUCAAAAGUGCCCCCCAAAAUUCACUGAACACUUCAGUGUCCAUGUACCAGAGAAUGAGAAGCACAGAAGUGCCGUUAAUAUAAAAGUGAUUCUAUCAUUAAUUGUAUCUUACAUGCUAUAGUCUCAGAUACAGAUUUCAACAAUCAAUAUACAACUAACAAGUUUUAUUCAAUAGCUAUAUACAUUUUAUAUUAACAUAAUAGCUACCUAUUUGUAACCUGUCCUGCUCGACCUGCUCCGAACGGGAUUCAAACCAGCAUCGCCAGCAUGGGCGUACAUGCUAAUCAAGGAGGCUAAAGGCUACAUCCUCUAACGUCAGUCGGUUGUGCGCCUCUUGAGGCCAGGAGAGUAUGGUUUACAUACUGCACAGCAUGUACCAGCUGGCUACCGUUACAUAUUAAUACUUACCUUUUUUAUUUCAUUUUAAUAAAAGUGGAUGGAUUGCAUAAUUAUGUAGACCCCUGUGUAACCAGUUGAUUUAUGCUUUUCCUAGUGUUGUAGACUAUACAUCAUUUAUAAUUAUACAGUAGCAACCUUUCUUAUUGAUGUCAAACUUUAAAUAAUAUCUAGCCUGGUAUUUCCUUAAAAUAAUUAUACAUUAUUGAAUUAAUGUGUUUCCCACACUCAGUUUUGUCAAACUGUACCACAAGCAUGCACAUCAACAGUAAUCCCAUUACAUGUAUUCCGUUUUAUUUUUAAAUGUUUGUAGUUUUUAAAUACAGAUAGUAAAAUAACAAAACAAAUAAUGACAAGAAAUAAAAAUGUAUGACUUAGCAAUACAAAUACAAAUUGCACAUGCAUUGAAUACUGUUUUUGUGAGGCCACUUCUCUGAGCAUUUAAGUGCAAUUAAUAGGAACAGAUUAUGUGAUCUACUGUAUUGUGGAAUGCUCAUAGCUUCUGUGCAAUGGUAAAUGUAUGAUUCGAUCAAGAAAUUACACAAAAAAUCUCGCCCCAAGUUUGAAACCUACACCAUAAUACAGAGGAAGGGAAAUAACCUACUACAUGUGAACGGUUGAUAUGGAAACUGAUGUGUGAUGUAAUGGAAAGUGGACAUUUAAAAGGGAGCUUUCACUGUGUUACACACUAUUUCCUCGUGCUGCUCUCUUUAUUUACAUACUGAGAAAUAUUUUGAAAGACAAAUUUUGACAUGGCCAAACUUUUGAUAGCAUGCAAUUCUUGUGUGCAAUUUAAA